AAGAAAUCAAGAACGACUCAAAUAAAUUCUACAACUUGCAUCCCUUGGAUAAUCAAGUUCCGAGCCGGACCGAUUCAUUCCGGAUUUGUCCCGUUGCUAACGGAGACGUCACAUGACGUCAGUGAGGGUAUGUGUCUUUUUGCGAAACCGACCUUGUCAGACCUUCCUUGACCAUGGACCACGAUGACACUCACACUCUCGCCCAUUAUUAAGCCCCAAACGCGCCGCCUCUCGCUGUCACCCCGCUCGCUGUCGCCGUCGUCGAUACCGUCGUCACCGUCGUCGGUGCACUCGUCGAGCUCGGCCAUUUUUGAGCGUGACAUCGAGCCCAUUUCACUACCCCUACUACCAGCACAUUCGAAUCCUCACCGUAUACCUCGUGGAAAGCCCACAGAGAACUCCGUACCAUCCGUCCUCGAUUCAGCUGCGGCAAUCCUGGUAGAUUCGCAUGCGGGUGACGUCGACGUCGAGGUGCUCACUCCGGCCGUCAGCCCGCUGGUGAGCCGCAGUCCGUCUCCAAGGGCCUCGUUGCUGCUCACAACGUCAUCCCUGGGCCCGCCAUCUCCCACGAGCAUUGCUCGCGAGCUUUCUCCGUCCCCCUCUCCAAACACCGUAAUGAAACGCUUGUCGUUUCUGUCGUACAGUGAUCUCCUUGCUUCCAAUCCCACAAACACAGUAACGCUGUCUUCCUUAACUUUGGAGCCGCCUACACCGCCGCACAUGCUGACCUUGACGGACGGCAGCGCAUUGAAAGGCUUCGAUGAGUGGGAGAAAGAGGGGCUUGGUAUGGGGCUCGAGGAAAGGCUGGAGGCUGUCAGCGGGGCAACGAGUCCCAUGUCGAUCAGGAGCCGCCCUGUCAGUGUUGUGAGGUCUUGAACGGUUUUCUAUACCCCCACGCUCCUGUUAUAUUCGUCAUUCCACCAUCUUGUUCAAAGUCAUGCCUCGUCCUUUUCGCUCAGAAUUCCAACUAUCUGCUUGUGUCUUUUUAUCUACUUUGUGCCAUCAUUUAUUUUAUCAUCGUGUAUGUACGUACCAACUACGAAUCUGUCCAUCUUACGAUACAUAUUAUACAUGCAUCCUUUGUGAAGUGUUUAUUUCUUGUUA